GAGCGUGACGGGUGGAGAGAGCCAACGCGCUCACCUGUUGCUCGCCUGGGCUACUUUUUUUCCUUUCGCGGGACAGAAUUGGGCAGGAGGCAACUCUCCCUUGGCCCGGUCAGCUAUAGGGAAGAGGGAAGGUGGCAGGGGAGCCGCGGGUGGCGGAGGAGCAGGGGGACAAACGCAUUCGCGCUCCCGAGUAUACCUGGCAAUCCUUUCUGUGACAAGCCAGACUUCAUUAGGACAGGAGAGAGAAAGUGGUACUCCUGAGCUCCUUGCUUGGUUUCAACUUGACACAGUCUGGGUUUUUAAGGGAGCCCUCUUGUGAAUAGGAAGGUUUCUUCUUCUGAUUGAGCACUGGGAAGUGAUUUUAGUUGACAUGUCAGUUUUGGAUUCCUGUAGAAUAAGAGGAAGAGAACAUACAGUAAUGGAGUAUAUGAGUACUGGUAGUGAAAAUAAGGAAGAAUUUGACUUACUGCUGACAGAUUUAAAUAUGUCUGAAGUAAUUGACAUCAUGGAGAACCUUUAUCCCAAAGGUGACAUGACAAUUUACAAAGACAGCCUCAUUGCUCUGCACCCAGAAAAGAACAAAAAUGAGGAACGGAGUGAAUCUUUGCUAUUCAGCCGAAGAGAAGUUUCUUUGCUUUCAUGUGUCAAGUAUGGGACUGUGGAAGACCUGCUCGCAUUUGCCAAUCAGGUGUCAAACACUGCAAAGCAGUUGUGCCAGCAGAGGAGACAAGAAUCUGGAAUCAUAUUAAACAUGAUCAAACCCAAAAAUGGGCGCUACAAGAUUGACUCGGAUGUGCUUCUAUUUCCUUGGAAGCUAACCUACCGAAAUAUUGGGACUGACUUCAUUCCACGGGGAGCUUUUGGGAAAGUAUACUUGGCACAAGACACAGAAACCAAAAAGCGGAUGGCUUGCAAGCUGGUUCCCGUGGAGCAGUUCAAGCCAUCAGAUGUUGAAAUCCAAGCCUGCUUUCGCCAUGAAAAUAUUGCUGAACUUUAUGGAGCCAUCUUAUGGGAUGAGACAAUCCAUCUCUUUAUGGAGGCUGGAGAAGGAGGCUCUGUCUUAGAAAAGAUAGAAAGUUGUGGGCCUUUGAGAGAAUUUGAAGUCAUCUGGCUGGCCAAACAUAUUCUCAAAGGACUUGAGUUUCUUCACUCAAAGGGAGUUAUUCAUCAGGAUAUCAAACCAAGCAACAUUGUUUUCAUGUCAACCAAAGCUGUUUUAGUGGAUUUUGGACUUAGUGUUCAAAUGACAGAAGAUGUUUAUUAUCCCAAAGAACUUCGAGGAACAGAGAUUUAUAUGAGUCCAGAAGUGAUUCUCUGCCGAGGCCACAGUACAAAAACUGACAUCUACAGCCUAGGAGCAACCAUCAUCCACAUGCAAACUGGCAUUCCACCAUGGGUCAGUCGGUAUCCUCGUGCAGCCUAUCCUUCCUAUCUCUACAUAAUCCAUAAGCAAGCUCCACCACUUGAGGACAUUGCUGAGGAUUGCAGCGCUAAUAUGAGACAGUUAUUGGAAGCAGCUCUUGAAAGGAAUCCCAAUCAGAGACUCUCAGCUACAGAAUUGCUCAAACAUGAAGCCUUGCACCCAUCAAGGGAGGAACAGCCCCGAUGUCAGAGUCUGGACUCAGCUCUUUUUGCACGAAAGAGGUUGCUGGAGAAGAACGAGCUGGAACUCUCUGAGAAUAUUUCAGAUUCUUCAAAUCUUGGGAUUACGGAAGAAUCGGAUUUGCUGAGGAGACAACGCUCAUUAUAUAUAGACCUUGGAGCAUUAGCUGGCUACUUUAAUAUUGUCCGUGGACCAACAACACUAGAUUAUGACUAGAUUUGGGGAGCUUUCAUAUGGAACUGAACAGGACUAGUUAUAUGUUGAGGGGUGGGAACCGAGAAAGAGAGAGAAGCAUGAACCUUUAUUGGCUUUGCUUGGAUUCCUUGAACUCUAAUAAUGUUUAAUGAAUGUACUGGAUGAGCUCCAUUGCUACUUUCAAUCACAAACACACACACACCCUUGCUCUCGUAACUGUGAUGUUUUAAAUACAGUUACACUGAAAAUUAGUCCUUUGCUCGGUUUCUAUUUGCUUGGCUUACCUAAAAAACAGCAAUCUGCCUUCUGUUACCUGUAGUUCAACCUCAUUUUCCCAUUGUCUUCUUACUAAGUGAAUGAAGUAAUAUUGGAGCAAAAGAGUGUAUUUAUGCUCCCCCAUUAGUUUUGUUUAUGCUUUGUUUUGAUUAUCAAGUGAGAUAAGCAUCUCCUUUUUAAAUAAUAUUUUGGAAUUUCUUUCUUUCUUUUUGGUCAUUCUUCCUAACUUAGUGCUGUUGCAAUGACCUCCUUUCUUUCAGACUGAGAGUGUGGCAAUUUUAAGAAUUCUGUACAUAAGCUAAGAAUAUUUUCAAGAAACAUUACUGAAUUCUGGGUCACCUAUUUUCCUAAUGAAUAUGUAUAUCUACUGGUUUUGAGGGAAGGAAACCCCUAUUGUGACUUUAGUUAUACCUCCUGUUUAAGUUUUUAAGUAUCAAGCUGCUAGACAGGGUAUUGUCAAAAUGCUUGCUCCCCACGCUGGCUGCAAAUAUUUUCCAACACAAUAGUUCUUUGACAUGAAUGGGAACUAUGCCAGAUCUUGAGAUAAACUCUGUCAUGUGAAUGUAAAUUGCACAAAGACUUAGCAACUGUAAUCAUAGGCUAUUUGAAUGUUAACACAUUGUAUAAAUGAUUCAUGAAGGUGAGCUUAAUUUAAUAAGAACUAUGUGUUAAAAAUAGACAUGUAGUUAGGUGUUAUGGUUAUUUU